UCUCUCUCUCUCUCUCUCUCUCUGCUAAUGUAGGUUAAGAUACUGUUAUAUGACAGAUGAAGGUUGUUCUGAUGUGACUUCAGCUCUGAAAUCAAACCCGUCACACCUGAGAGAGCUGGACCUGAGCGGGAAUAAUCUAGGAGACUCUGGAGUGAAAAACCUCAGUGAUCUACUGAUGAACCCACAAUUCAAGCUGGAGAAACUACAUCUGAGUGAUUGCAGUAUUACAGAGGAACAGAGUCUCAUCCUGACUUCAGCUCUGAAAUCAAACCCGUCACACCUGAGAGAGCUGGACCUGAGUGAGAAUAAUCUAGGAGACUCUGGAGUGAAGCACUUAUGCGCCGUACUGGAGGAUUCACACUGUAAACUGGAGAGAUUGAGGUUAAGAUACUGUUAUAUGACAGAUGAAGGUUGUUCUGAUGUGACUUCAGCUCUGAAAUCAAACCCGUCACACCUGAGAGAGUUGGACCUGAGCGUGAAUAAACUAGGAAACACAGGAGUGAAAAACCUCAGUGAUCUACUGAUGAACCCACAAUUCAAGCUGGAGAAACUACAUCUGUAUAGAUGCAGGAUUACAGAGAAACAGAGUCUCAUCCUGACUUCAGCUCUGAAAUCAAACCCGUCACACCUGAGAGAGCUGGACCUGAACUGGAAUAAUCUAGGAGACUCAGGAGUGAAAAACCUCAGUGAUCUACUGAUGAACCCACAAUUCAAGCUGGAGAAACUACAUCUAUAUGACUGUGGCAUUACAGAUGUUUCUUCUUUAACUCAGUCUUUGACGAACUCAAAAGCUCUGCAGUUUUUAAAAGAGCUUGAUCUGAGUGACAAUGAGAUCGGAGACUCAAAGCAGCGGCUCAGAGACGAGCUACGAGACUCAAACUGUGUCCUGAGAGUAGAUGAAGAUCGACUGGCAAACUUCCGGAUCGACCGGAUUUCCAUCAAGGUUUAAAUCUGAGCAGAAACCAUCAGGUGAUCCACAGAAGAGUCUCACUGCUGUCUAUGAGGAGAAAUACAUGUGUAAAUGUGUUUCAUACAGGUGGAAGAGACUCAGACUUCACUAUUAAAUAAAGCAGCGUGUGUGUUAGCAUGCGUAUUAGAAACAUGUGA